AUGACUUCGCACCAUCAUCUUAGCCACAGAAGACGGCAUUUUCUCAGGGAGUAUAAAGCCUCCGCUCCUCCGGCGUGUUGGCAGUUGCUUCCCAACGCCUCAACCCUUAACAUGGCCCGCGCACUGUUCACCGUCAUGGUCCUGGCCCUCGUGGUCGCCUUCGCUGCCGCCGGUGGAUUCGGCGGAGGAGGAUUUGGUGGACACUCUGGUGGAUUUGGCGGUGGAAAAUCCGGUGGAUUCAGCGGCGGAGGAUUCAGAGGUGGAUUUGGAGGUGGACACAGAGGCUUCGGUGGAGGUUCCGGAGGAUUCGGAGGCGGACACGGAGGAUUCGGCCGUGGAUUUGGAGGAUAUGGAGGGUAAUCCAUGACUUCGCACCACCAGCUUGGCCUCAGAAGAUGGCAUUUUGUAUUUCGAGAAUAAGAUUAAUAUAAAAACGAAUGUUUACUCUUUUCCUAUGAAGAAACAAAAUAAAUCAUUAUUUUGUAUUACGUUAGUAGAAUUAAUAUCAAAGAUCCAUAAACGUUUAUUCU